AGGUGUCAACAUGAAGUUUCCCGGAUUCAUUUUGAUUUGUUGGUUUGGGAUAAUUUUCAAAGGAAGUAUUUGUUUUCCUGAACCACGCAGCAAUGUCAGACUCAGUGAUUUACAGAGACAAAUAGACGAUAUUAGAAGCGAAUUAGAUGGAAAGGUAGUUAACAAGCGAGAUGUAUUAGAAACGUUAUUUAAGAUGUUUGCAGGGCUAGUCGGUCACAACGAAAAAGAAUCGACGAAACAAGACACACUCGUAAUCUUGAACAGAGCGACUCUUCAAAGAGAUAUUGGUGACAAACAACGGCAAUUUACUAUCGAUAAAGCAUAUGAACAUGGCACAUUGAACGAGUAUGCUACACAGUUUCUUAAUACAACAGCGCGAAUGAAUUAUGAUCUGCUAAUGGAAUUGAAAAAUAUCGAGGACAUUUAUAGUCAAUUGUCGGAGUCAGAAGGAAAACAUCUUGCGCUCAAGAAUGCAACUAUGCAAGUAAGGCGCCUAUUACAAAAUAUAACAUCAUCGAUUGACACUUUUACUUCUCUGGCAACUACCUUUGGCUCAAAACUGUAUUCUGAGAAAAGCUUGUCUCAAAAUGGCUGCAAUACACGUGAAACUGGAAAUGGGUGGGAAAAUGCACCUGAAUCAUGUCAAGAUGUAACAAAAAGCGGUGUCCACACCAUAUAUCCCGACUUUAAACCAUCCGGACUGGAAGUGUAUUGUGAGAUCGAUCAAGACAAGGCAUGGGUUGUUAUUCAGCGUCGCAGAUACGGAACGGUUGACUUUGAUCGCUCCUGGGAGGAAUAUAAGAAUGGAUUUGGAAAUCUGACUGGAGAUUUCUGGCUGGGAAACGAGUAUAUCUACCACAUGACAAAGUAUCAGUCGCGUCAGCUGCGAAUAGACAUGGAGACAUUCGAUGGCAAAAAGAGGUAUGCAAUGUAUAACGAGUUCGGUGUUUCGUCAGAGGAAGGAAAGUACAGAUUGAAAGCUGAUGUGUACUCUGGUGAUGCUGGUGAUGCGUUUAAUUAUGCUGCAACGAAACAUAAUGGGCAGAUGUUUUCCACGUAUGACGCGGACAAUGACAUCCACAGCAGUUCGUGCUGUUCUUGCAUCUAUAAAAGUGGUUGGUGGUUUUUGGAUUGCCACCAUUCCAAUCUUAAUGGCAAGUAUUAUUACAAACAUGAAAUUGUACCGGGUGCACUUGGUAUUACUUGGUAUGCACUGUCAGCAUCAUGGUCGGUUAUGAAAUUUACAGAAAUGAAGAUACAUUAAAGACGAUUCAAUAUGUCGACAGUGUGGUAUUAAACCAACUUACUAGUAUAUAAUUGCUCCAUAAAAUGUUGAUGUUAGUCGCUGUCAAAAUAUCGCUUACUCUACGACUGUUGGAUAAAAUUAUUAUGCAUGCCAGUUUUUUUAAUUGAUAUUCAGCUUUUUUCAAAUAUUAUUGCAAUAUAAUGGGGAAUAUAUUAUGUACAUAUAUUUAUAUUUAACAUGAGUAUGUACUAAGUUAGUACUGUUUUAGUCAAUCUGUAACAUGUUUUACCAGAACAAAACUGUUGUGCCAUGCCAAAAAGAGUGUGUAUCACUCAGUUUGAUUUGUUUGUGUUUGUUUUAUAAAUAUUGACACACAUAUAUAUAUGUAUAUAUAUUUAUCUCAUUUAGGUAGUUAUUUAUGAGGUUGGCAUGAUUUGUCGAGCUGAAGUUUGUUAUGCCCAUUAACGAAUUAUAACUUGGUUAGGUAAUAUUU